UAAACAAAACCCAAAACUAGGAGCCAUUUCCAUGUAUUUCCCUUACUUUACUUGCAUUUUAAUGGUAUUGAGGAAAGCAACAAGAUUUAAAGAUUUGUGCGUGACAGUCGGGUUAAAGGCCAGUUGAGUUCUGAAACUGACUUGUCUAGGUCUUUAAAAGUCCGGUCACCACGCUUGCUUUCAAUCUUGUCUCUCUCUUUUUUUUUUUUCUUUCUUUCUCUGUGUGCGUGUUGAAAGCCUUGAGUCUUGAGCAUAUACAAGAGAACCAUAACCUUUGCAUAAUCUGCAGCAAGAAAUGGAGUUUUUGUUGACACCCAGUUCAAGAUUCUUCAAUAAAGUCACCACUUGCGGCAUCUUGCUGCUUUAUCUACUGUUUUGUGCGAGCUUAAAAGCGGCAGAAGCUUAUGAUGCACUUGACCCAACUGGAAACAUCACAAUUAAAUGGGAUAUCAUUCAGUGGACUCCAGAUGGCUAUGUUGCUGUUGUUACGAUUUACAAUUUCCAACAAUACCGUCACAUUGAAGCACCGGGUUGGACUCUGGGGUGGACUUGGGCAAAAAAGGAGGUCAUAUGGAGCAUGGUUGGGGGCCAGGCAACAGACCAGGGGGAUUGUUCAAAAUUCAAAGGAAACAUUCCACAUUGUUGUAAAAAGAAUCCAACAGUUGUUGAUUUAUUACCAGGAACACCUUACAACCAGCAGGUUGCAAAUUGCUGCAAAGGGGGAGUAAUAAGUUCAUGGGCUCAAGAUCCAGCUAAUGCAGUCAGCUCAUUUCAGCUUAGUGUAGGUUCGGCUGGAACCUCAAAUAAAACAGUCAGAGUGCCAAAGAACUUCACUUUGAAGACACCAGGGCCUGGUUAUACCUGUGGUCCGGCCAAUAUCGUUACACCUAGCAAAUUUCCUAGUGCAGAUAAAAGGAGAGUCACACAAGCACUGAUGACAUGGAAUGUUACAUGCACAUAUUCGCAAUUCCUGGCUAAGAGAGCUCCCACUUGCUGUGUCUCGCUUUCAUCCUUCUACAAUGAUACAAUAGUGCCCUGCCAAACAUGUGCCUGUGGCUGCCAAAAUAACACCGCCCUGUCUGGCAGCUGUGUAGACCCUAAAUCACCUCAUUUAGCUUCAGUUGUGUCGCCUCUUGUCCAAUGUACAAGUCAUAUGUGUCCAAUCAGAGUGCAUUGGCAUGUUAAACUCAACUACCGCCAGUAUUGGAGAGUCAAGGUCACGAUAACAAAUUUCAAUUACAAUAUGAAUUAUUCUCAAUGGAACUUAGUUGUCCAACAUCCCAACUUUGACAAUCUGACUGAAAUUUUCAGCUUUAAUUACAAGUCAUUAACUCCUUAUGCUGCUAUAAAUGAUACAGCCAUGCUAUAUGGAAUUAAGUUUUACAAUGAUAUGCUCAUGCAAGCUGGUCCUAUGGGUAAUGUACAAUCAGAGAUACUUUUCCAAAAGGAUAUGUCAACAUUUACUUUCAAUCAGGGUUGGGCAUUUCCUAGAAGGAUCUAUUUCAAUGGAGAUAAUUGUGUGAUGCCACCUCCUGAUGAAUAUCCAUGGUUGCCAAAUGCGGGUUCUUUCCGGUUCAUUUCACCACUUAAUCUAAUCACUGCUUUAUUGUCAACCCUGGCAUUCCUAUAUGGGUACGCGUAAACACACCUCCCUGCUCUUGAAAAAGGGAUUCUACAACUUCUCAACCAAAUAUUCCAGCCAUCAAUGCAAUCCAAAUAAGACAUGCAUCCGCUUGUGCAAGGAUUCUAGCAAUCAAGCCGAUUGGAAUGGGUAUUAUUUGUCCCAAAAACUGCAUGUUUGUGCACUGGUGGAUGAAUUCACGGCCAUUAAGAUCAAUCUUCUUGUCGUGCUAUAUGUUUGUUUUGUGCUUAAUUGUCUACUUGGUAGAAUUUCCAUUGUAUAUGUAAAUUCCAUUCGUAAAGGAAAUGAAAACUAUAGAGAACCUAGAGCUAUUUGAUGUAUACGAGACCUUCUGUUUUAUA